ACUAGUGCCAACGCUUUCUGGCCGAAUCAAGUCCAAGCUUUGGUGCAUUUUUCUGCACCUUCUCGCCGACCCGACAUGAACUACCGGUUCCAAAACCUCCUCGGAGCUCCCUACAGAGGCGGCGACGCCGUCAUCACCAAGAACACCCACCUGAUCUCCCCCGUCGGCAACCGAAUCUCCGACACCGACCUCCUCAAAUCUCAAACCGUCACUCUCCCCAUCCAAUGCUCAUCCAACAUAUCCCGCCUCGCCGCCUCCCCCGAUGGCACCUUCCUCCUCGCCGUCGAUGAGAACCGCCGCUGCCUCUUCAUCAACCUCCCUCGCCGCGCCGUGCUGCACCGGAUCACCUUCAAGCACCCCGUGAACGCCCUCGAGUUCUCGCCCGACGGUAAGUUCAUCGCGGUCGGCGCUGGUAAGUUGGUCCAGAUAUGGCGGUCCCCGGGAUUUAGGAAGGAGUUUUUCCCGUUUGAGCUGGUUAGGACUUUCGCUGAUUGCGAUGAUAAAGUGACGUCGUUGAAGUGGAGCCCUGAUUCGAUGUAUUUGCUGGUCGGGUCGAAAGAUUUGACGGCCAGGUUGUUUUGCGUGAGGAAAUUGAAGGGUGGUUACAAUAAGCCGUUUUUGUUUUUGGGUCACAGAGAUUCCGUUAUUGGCUGUUUCUUUGGUGUGGAGAAAGGGACGAACAGGGUCGAUAGGGCUUACACGGUAACUCGUGAUAGUUAUAUAUUCAGCUGGGGUUACAGUGGGGAUGUGGAAAAUAUGGGCGGCAAGGAGCCGCCUGCACCCGGGACUCCAGAUAGAAGUAAUGAGAGGACUUUGGAUGUUAAUGUGAAGAAAAGGAAGGAGCUUGGUGAUAACGAAGAUGAAGUGGAGGAUGGUGAGUGUUUCUUGCAUAGAGGUAAAUGGAAGUUGCUAAGCAAAGAUAGUUUUAUGCAAGCGCCGGCCAGAUUGACAUCUUGUGACUAUCACUGUGGACUUGACCUUCUGGUUGUAGGAUUCUCUAAUGGUGUGUUUGGCUUGUACCAAAUGCCCGAUUUUGUUUGCAUCCAUUUGUUGUCAAUCUCAAAGGAGAAGAUCACGAGUGCAGUAUUCAAUGGGCUUGGUAAUUGGUUGACAUUUGGGUGUGCAAAGCUCGGGCAGUUGCUUGUGUGGGAAUGGAAAUCUGAGAGUUACAUACUUAAGCAACAAGGACAUUAUUUUGACGUGAACUGCCUUGCAUAUUCACCUGAUUCACAGCUCUUGGCUACUGGAGCAGAUGACAACAAAGUGAAGGUCUGGACUGUUUCCUCAGGCUUCUGCUUUGUCACAUUUUCAGAGCACACCAAUGCAAUUACUGCUCUCCAUUUUAUGGCUAAUAACCACUGCCUCCUUAGUGCAUCCCUUGAUGGGACUGUUCGGGCCUGGGAUUUAUUCCGCUAUCGAAAUUUCAGGACAUUUACGACCCCUUCUUCUAGGCAGUUUGUUUCUUUGACUGCAGACCAGAGCAGUGAAGUAAUAUGUGCAGGAACCCUUGAUUCAUUUGAGAUAUUUGUGUGGUCAAUGAAGACGGGCCGCUUAUUGGACAUUCUCAGUGGUCAUGAAGGUCCUGUUCAUGGUUUGAUGUUCUCUCCCACCAGUGCAAUCCUAGCUUCAUCCUCAUGGGACAAGACUGUCAAACUAUGGGAUGUUUUUGAGGCAAAAGGCGCUGUUGAAACAUUUCCUCACACACAUGAUGUUCUUACAGUUGUUUAUCGUCCAGAUGGAAAGCAGCUGGCUUGCAGUACAUUAGAUGGGCAGAUUCAUUUCUGGGAUCCGAUUGAUGGCUUGUUGAUGUACACGAUUGAGGGCCGUAGAGACAUUGCUGGGGGUCGACUUGCAACGGAUCGUAGAGCAGCUGCUAACUCAAGUUCUGGAAAGUACUUUACAACUUUAUGUUAUUCUGCUGAUGGGAGUUACAUUCUAGCUGGAGGAAGUAGCAAAUUCAUUUGUUUGUAUGAUGUUGCCGAACAGGUUCUACUACGUAGGUUUCAGAUUACCCAUAAUCUGUCUCUAGAUGGAGUACUUGAUUUCUUGAAUUCAAAGAAAAUGACAGACGCUGGACCUCUAGAUUUGAUUGAUGAUGAUGAUACUGACACAGAAGAAGGAGUUGACAAGCAAACCCGGGGAAAGUUAGGCUAUGACUUACCGGGAUCCAUUGCUAACCGUGGACGCCCCAUUAUUCGAACUAAAUGCCUGAGAAUUGCCCCAACUGGUAGGAGUUUUGCAGCUGCAACAACUGAGGGGGUUCUGGUUUACUCCACUGACGAGACUUUCAUCUUCGAUCCAACUGAUCUAGACAUUGAUGUGACACCAGAGGCAAUUGAUGCAGCUCUAAGUGAAGGUUUAAUAAAGAGGGCUUUAAUUCUCAGUCUUCGUUUGAAUGAAGAUACACUGAUCAAGAAAUGUGUUUUUGCUGCAAGUCCAGCGGACAUUCCAGCUCUUGCUUCAUCAAUUCCUUUUAGAUACUUGCAGAGACUAAUAGAGGCUUUCGCUGGUCUUUUAGAAAAUUGCCCACAUUUGGAGUUCAUUCUUCGGUGGUGCCAGGAAAUCUGCAAAUCUCAUGGUCAGUCUAUCCAACAGAACUCGAGGGCUCUGCUUCCUACCUUGAAAUCCCUGCAAAAGGCUAUCACAAGAAUGCAUCAAGACUUGGCAGAUACAUGUGCUUCAAAUGAAUAUAUGCUUAGCUAUUUGUGUUCUGCGGGCACCAGACAGAAGGGCUCACCAUGAGAUAAUAGCCACUUUACCGAGUAUUUUUUUUUAUUUUAUGGGAAGGCUCAUAAUUGUCGUCUUAUCGACAAGCUGGUCAUGCCAUCGUUACAAUAUCUUCCUGAGAGCCUCGUCAUGCACAGGCCGCUCCCAAUGUCUAAGAGCUGAAAUGCCAUCUUCAAAAGCGUCUUUUCAGAGUUUGGCAGCCCAAAACAGAACAUGGGCGUUCCUUAAAAAUCUCCACUUCACAUUCAGUGAUUGUAAUUAUGUUCAACGGUCUUCUGACAACUCGGGUUUCAAUUGUUUGUAACCGCAACUCUGUCCUAUUGAGCAUGUAUUUUUGUAGAUGGGUUAUUGGUUUCUU